GGGGACAGAGACUUCUCUCGGGAGGCAGUACCGGUUUUCAGCAUGGGUAUUUGAAGAGCCAGGGAGACUGUCGCUACAAUGGCCACCGCCCUGGUCCACCUUCUCAGAUCCCUGCCUGUCAGGAGAGGACAGUCUGUAGAAAAAGAGAGGACUUUGGGCUUCUGACAACCUACUUUCAGGCAUUGUGCUGUAUUCUGUCUUCUCUCUGGCUUAGACUCUGGAGCAGAGACUGACCCCAGACAUGGAGUUUAAAUCUGAGGUCCUGGCUCAUGGAAACAACAUGGGCUUUUACAGUUAAGAUUGCAAAAAGUCACCCCAGACAGCAGAAAUCCAUCCUGAGAUGAAAUAACAUCUGCUUGGUACCCUGGCAGAAUUUCAAGGCAGACAUUGGGCUGGCUCUGGGGUCAUGAUGUUGCCUGAUCUUUCUGCUCUGGGAGAACAAGACUGGGAGAAGACUUUACAUUCCAAGAAUGGGGAAGAUAUGGAGACCAUGAAGAAACUGGCUCAAAAUCAUAAGGCAAAAGAUUUGCCUUCUAACCAUACUGACUGGCCCCAAGAAAAGCAGGGAAAACUCCAAAUACUGGUACCAGUUACAUUUAGGGAUGUGGCUGUGAUCUUUACGGAGGCAGAAUGGAAGAAACUGAGCUCUGAGCAGAGGAACCUAUACAGAGAAGUAAUGCUGGAGAAUUACAGGAAUCUGCUCUCAUUGGCAGAAUCAAAGCCAGAAAUAUACCCUUGUUCCUCCUGCCAUCUGGCGUUCUCCUGUCAGCAGUUUCUCAGCCAACCUGUGCUUCAGAUCUUCUUGGGCUUGUGUGCAGAAAAUCACUUCCAUCCAGGGGAUUCCAGCCUAGGGCAUCAGAAACAGCAGGAACAGCACUAUUCUGAUCAAAGCUGCUGGAGUGAAAUCACAGGUCAAGAGAGAGAAGGUGACUCCAAACCUUUGUCUGCAAGGACAGAGGAGAGAGAGACCUCAAGGGCAUUUUCCAGUCCACCCCAAAUGGAGCCCCACUCAGCCCAAAGUGUAAACCCUGUGCAACCAGAUAAAGGAUUGAAGGAAUUAGAAACCUUGAGAUUUGGAGCAAUCAGCUGUAAAGAGUGUGAACCAGACUGUAGCCUGAAAGCAAACUUCAUUACAAACCUGAUUACUUUUGUAGGGGACAAGCCCUAUAUUUGCAGUGAUUGUGGGCAAGGUUUUAAAGAUAAGUCAGACCUCAUCAAACACAACUGGACACAUUCGAUGGAGAAGCCUUUUGUGUGCAGUGAGUGUGGCCGAGGCUUUAGCCGGGUGUCAAUCCUUAUUGAUCACCAGAGGACACACACAGGGGAGAAGCCAUAUGAGUGCAGUGAGUGCGGGCGAGGCUUUAGCCAGAAGUCCAACCUGAACAGGCACCAGAGAACACAUUCAGAAGAGAAGCCUUAUGUUUGCAGAGAGUGUGGGCAAAGCUUUAGAACUAAGUCUAUCCUCAGUAGACAUCAGUGGACCCACUCAGGGGAGAAGCCCUAUGUUUGCAGUGAGUGUGGGCGAGGCUUUACCGAGAAGUCAUCCUUCAUCAGACACCAGAGGACACACUCAGGUGAGAAACCUUACAUGUGCCUGGAGUGUGGGCGAGGCUUUAGUGCCAAGUCAACCCUUAGAAAACACCAGAGAAUACACUUAGGGGAGAAGCCUUAUGUUUGCAGUGAGUGUGGCCGAGGCUUUAGGCAGGUGUCAAUCCUUAUUAAUCACCAGAGGACACACACGGGGGAGAAGCCAUAUGAGUGCAGUGAGUGCGGGCGAGGCUUUAGCCAGAAGUCCAACCUGAACAAACACCAGAGAACACAUUCAGAAGAGAAGACUUAUGUGUGCAGGGAGUGUGGGCAAAGCUUUAGAGAUAAGUCUAUACUCAGUAGACAUGAGUGGACUCACUCAGGGGAGAAGCCCUAUGUUUGCAGUGAGUGUGGGCGAGGCUUUACCGAGAAGUCAUCCUUCAUCAGACACCAGAGGACACACUCAGGUGAGAAACCUUACAUGUGCCUGGAGUGUGGGCGAGGCUUUAGUGCCAAGUCAACCCUUAGAAAACACCAGAGAAUACACUUAGGGGAGAAACCUUAUGUUUGUAGAGAGUGUGGGCGAGGCUUUUGCGACAAGUCAACGCUUAUCAUACAUGAACAGACACACUCAAGAGAGAAACCUUACAUGUGCAGAGAGUGUGGCCGAGGCUUUAGCCGGAAAUCAUUCCUCCUCGCCCACCAGAGAACACACUCAGGGGAAAGGCCUUAUGUUUGCAGGGAGUGUGGGCGAGGCUUUAGCCAGAAGUCAAAUCUCAUCAGACAUCAGAGGACACAUUCAGAUGAGAAGCCUUAUAUUUGCAGGAAGUGUAGGCGAGGCUUUUGUGACAAGUCAACCCUCAUUGUACAUGAGUGGACCCACUCAGGAGAGAAACCUUACAUGUGCAAAGAGUGUGGCCGAGGCUUUAGCCGGAAUUUACUCCUCCUUCUCCACCAGAGAACACACUCAGGGGAGAAGCCUCGUGUAUGCUGGGGUCAUGUGCAAGACUUGAGUAAUCAGUCAAACCUCACCUUACACCAGAGAGACACAUAGGGAGUAUUCCGUGUGUGUGUGGAGUGUAAGUGAAGUUGCAGAGGUGUAUGGAUCCUCAUCAGACUUUGGGGGACACAUUCAGGAGAUGUGCCUUAUGAGUGCAGAGUGUAGGUAGCUCUAGCCUAAGUCAGCCUUCACUGUGCACAAAAGGACACACUUAGGGGAGAAGUUUUGUAUGUGCAGGGACUAUGGGUAAGGCUUUAGCAAUAAGUGUUUACUGAAUAUCCAGCGACAGACUGGAGUAGAAGCAUCAUGUGUUCAGGGAGUGUUUAGCAGGAGCGAAAGAAUGAGCAUGAGUCACUUACAAGAUGGCAUACUCAGGGGGAGCUCUUUGUUGGCAGGGAGUGUGGGCAAGGCUUUUAUGGUCACACACCACAAGGAGAGUCCAUACGUGGUGACACUGUGGAGCUCCAUUCACACGAUCUUUUCCAGGCUAACACCCCAGCUGCUCCAGAGAACUGUGCUGCUGCUUGCAGAGGAAUGCAUCUGUGUGUGCAUGGGGAGCUGUGCACCUUCCCCAGGGGUGGUUCCUGGCCAGUGACUGGUUGAUAUUGUGGAAACAAAACCCCACCUCCAGGGGUGGCUGGUUAGCUCAGUGGGUUAGAGUGUGGUGUUGUAAUGCCAAGGUCAAGGGUUCGGAUCGCCGUACUGGCCAUUGCAAGUCAGCUUCUUCCUCUGCCCAGUCCUGCCAUCACUCCCCCAGUGAACCCUGAUUCUCCAUCUCAUUGUCUCUUCAGAGAAUCUAGUCUAAGACAUCUUCAGUAUAAGAGGAAUGUGGAUGCGGCUUUGGACAUAAGUCAUCCCUCAACAGACCCCAGAGUACACAGAAUAGAAGCUCUGCAUGUGUGGAGAGAAUGGGCAAAGACUUAGGAAAAAGGUACACCUUAUCAGAGAACAGCUUUUUUGGGAGAAGCUUUAUACAAGCAAGGAGGGAGACUGAGAUGUGUUAAGCAGUACGUUACACCUCCCCAUGCACCAGAGGCCACACUUGGAGACCUGUGUGGGCAGGGUUUGCAGGUGGAGAUUUAUACCCAGGUUUCCCCCAGCAGACUUAAGAGUGUUGCUUUGUGUUGCUUCGCCCCCCAUGGAUUUGUCACCCCUCUUCCCCUGGGUGACGGAGAUGCAAAGGAUUACUCAAAGCCCAUCUCUUCUGAGCAAUGAGAGACCACAAAGUGGUUAAUCUUCCUGGGACCCUCCAGUGAGAGGCAUCCCUUCCUUGGGAAAAUUAACCCUGAAUUGAGGUUCUCUUCCUGCAUUUAUUUUCCAGACCAGGAAGUUACAGGAAGAGACAUAGGUAGGGUUAUAGUUUAAUAAUAUAGGCUGGAAACUCUCAGUGAAACAAGCCAGAUGACAUUCCAGUAAGGCAAUUAAGUGGUCCUAUCAACACAAGCUUGAUCUUAGCAAACAUUCCUUCUCCCUCCAGUGGUUUUUCAGCAACUUAGAUAUCAAUCAGUAACUCAUCUGUCUUUGAGCCAGCAACCUUGCUGUGCCACAAUUCUUAUCUUGCAACAGAGACUCAAUCGCCUGGGGAAAAUUUCCUGUCCUUGCAAGGUCAGUAUUUGAAACGGCAAGGCUUUGGGAAACCAGGCCGUGUGAAGUAUAUAUGCUUUGUAGUAUAUUCCACAUAAGAGGACAGUCAUGCCACCACAAAUCACUACCCCAGUCACCUCUGAGGAGGUUUCAGGAAAAGUCUUGAUCUCCCCCCCACCCCAUAUUCUGUAUGAGAAUGAAGACGGCAGUAACAAUUAGACACUUUAU